AACUAUCAAGUAAAUUACUUCAGUCUAUUAUAAACUAACCAUGGUGAAAGUAUACGUGGCCGUAAUCUUGUUGAUCUCUGUCUACUUACAUUGCGCUGAUGCCCAAGACUGUAAAUGUGGUAUGACGCUUGGUCGUUUUUGCGGCUCACGACGCGACGUAUCGACGUAUCUUUCUGGGAGUGGGUGCGACGAAAACGCACUGUACGAGUGCCGAUUCCAGGGUAGUGUCCCUGUCCUAAUCGCAAAAUGCCCUCAUCAGGCUUGUCUACGAAAUGUACCCGAUGGCACAGAUGUGUGCUUGGUCACUGAUUGUAAGUGCGGGGCGGAGCUAGGUCGUAUAUGUGGUACCAGACGCAAUGUCAAAGUGAACGGAACCGAGCCGUACCUCUCCGGAAAAGGAUGCCUCGAAAACGCGGUAUACGAGUGCCGAGUAAGGCAUGGCCACCCUGUCCUAAUCGCAGAUUGCCCUACUGAGGCUUGCCAGCAAAAUGAAGUCGCUGCCCAUGAUGUGUGUUUGCUUAAAUAA